AAAGCUGUACAGAGAUAAAAUCAGAUUUUUUCGAAACUGUUGUGCAAAGUGUGUUUUGAUUAUUGUAAAUAUUAGUUUAGGGUACAGAGCAAGAGAACUCCUGGAAGAAAAUGCACCUGUUAGAUAACUAACUCUAGAAGCUUCGCCCAUUGCAUUUAAGUGAAAUUUAGUUUGCUAAGAGAUUGUUUCUCCAUUCUUAACAUAUUUCUGUAAAAAAAGGUUUAACAGGAACAGGCUUGAAACUUGUGGAAUUUCUCUUCAUGUUGGACUGUGAGCUUAUAUGAUACGUGUGUACUGUAGAUUUGAUGUGAAAUGCAAGUGAUUUGAUUCAAUCUAAAUUGCUUUUAUUAUAUCCCACAACUGUUCUCUAUAGGAUUUGAGCAUAAACUUGGAAACAAUUAUUUUAUACUGUUGCAAAUUUCCUCUUUAACUUUGCUGGAGUCUGAAUAUUCAUAAAGAGGAGAAGCUUAUACAUAAUGAUGGUGAAAUGCAUCACUCAGUGAAAUGGAACAUUAGAAAGGAAAUAAAAUAAUGCUAAUGAAGCAACUGUUUCCCUGAAGUUCAAGUUUUCAGGCUCACUGCCAUUAUGGAUGAGCAGCAAGCUUUGAAUUCAAUCAUGCAGGAUUUGGCUGUGCUUCAUAAGGCCAGUCGUCCUGUGUUGCCCCAGCAAGAAACAGGAAAACCAAAGUCGUCUUCACCUAAAAAACAGAAUGAUGUUAGAGUCAAAUUUGAACAUCGAGGUGAAAAAAGGAUCCUGCAGUUACCAAGGCCUGUUAAACUUGAAGAUCUUGCAGCUAAAGCUAAAGUUGCUUUUGGACAGACUAUGGAUUUGCAUUACAGCAAUAAUGAGCUUGUAAUUCCAUUAACCACACAGGAUGAUCUGGACAAAGCUGUUGAACUGCUUGACCGUAGUGUUCAUAUGAAGAGUCUCAAGAUAUUGCUUGUAAUACAUGGAAAUACACAGUCACCCAGUGUAAAUAAUGUGGAACCCCUGCCCUCACUGGAAGAUUUAGAUAAUACAGUGUUUGGUCUGACAGACAGAAAAAGGCGACUGUCUGUAAUAGGUUCUAAUACUCGUGAUAGGAGUUCACCUCCCCCAGGAUACAUUCCAGAUGAGCUGCAUCAGGUGGCCCGAAAUGGGUCCUUCACCAGUAUCAACAGUGAGGGUGAAUUCAUUCCAGAAAGUAUGGAUCAGAUGCUGGAUCCAUUGUCUUUGAGCAGUCCUGAAAACUCUGGCUCAGGAAGCUGUCCUUCACUUGACAGCCCUUUAGAUGGAGACAACUAUCCCAGAUCUCGGAUGCCAAGAGCACAGAGCUAUCCAGAUAAUCAUCAGGAAUUCUCAGUAGAGUAUGAUAUCCCAAUAUUUGAGAAAUUUGGAAAGGGGGGGACUUAUCCCCGAAGAUACCAUAUUUCAUAUCAUCAACAAGACUACAACGACGGUCGUAAAACUUUUCCAAGAGCCAGGAGGACUCAGGGGAACAGCUUCCGAUCACCAGUUAGUUUCAGUCCUACUGAUCACUCGCUGAGCACCAGUAGCGGAAGCAGCGUCUUUACGCCGGAGUAUGAAGAUAACCGCAUGAGGAGGAGGGGAAGUGACAUAGACAAUCCUACCUUGUCAGUCAUGGACAUCAGCCCACCCAGUCGCUCACCACGAGCUCCAACUAACUGGAGACUUGGUAAACUGCUGGGUCAAGGUGCAUUUGGCAGAGUGUAUCUGUGUUACGAUGCUGAUACCGGAAGAGAACUGGCUGUUAAACAAGUUCAGUUUGAUCCCGAUAGUCCAGAAACGAGCAAGGAAGUAAAUGCACUUGAAUGUGAGAUUCAGUUGCUGAAAAAUCUGCUGCAUGAAAGAAUUGUUCAGUAUUAUGGCUUCUUGAGAGAUCCUCCAGAAAGAACACUCUCUAUAUUCAUGGAAUAUAUGCCUGGGGGUUCCAUCAAAGACCAACUGAAAUCAUAUGGAGCACUCACAGAGAAUGUGACUCGUAAAUAUACGCGGCAGAUUUUGGAAGGAGUUCACUAUUUGCACAGUAAUAUGAUUGUCCAUCGAGAUAUUAAAGGAGCAAAUAUUCUGCGAGAUUCAGCAGGCAAUGUGAAGCUCGGUGACUUUGGUGCCAGCAAACGACUGCAGACGAUUUGUCUCUCUGGUACAGGAAUGAAGUCUGUCACAGGAACUCCAUACUGGAUGAGUCCAGAAGUUAUUAGUGGAGAGGGGUACGGCAGAAAAGCAGAUAUCUGGAGCGUAGGUUGUACAGUGGUAGAAAUGCUCACUGAGAAGCCCCCCUGGGCAGAGUUCGAAGCCAUGGCUGCCAUCUUUAAAAUUGCCACUCAGCCAACCAACCCCCAGCUACCACCUCAUGUCUCCGACCAUGCUCGGGAUUUCUUGAAACGGAUUUUUAUCGAGGCCAAGCUGCGACCGUUUGCAGAUGAACUGCUAAGACACACGUUUGCACACUAUCACUAACAGCCUGCCUCAACUCAGCUUGCGUCUACUGCAUUUAUUUUCUAUUUGACUGCACUUUUAUUUUUCUUUUUUACAAAAAAAGGAGAAAAAAGGACAAGAGAGAGAAUAUUCUCUUGAAUCUUUGUUUCACUUAGAUUGUAAACAAUCUAAAUUUUGUAUCUAUAAUGAGAAUCUUCUCUCCCCCGCUCCCACCAGGACUAGAACUUUUUGUUUCUAUAAUGUACUGAUGUGGUUCAUGUAGAUAAAGCACUUUAGUACAUAUUUGUUCCUUAUUUAAAGGGGAAAAAAAAAAAAAAGACAAAUGCUUGGACAGUCAGGAACUGUGUGACUUUUUCUGACACCGCUGACGGACUCAGGGUGCAGGGAAAAAUAGACAUGCAGCUAAAGGACAAGAAGGUUACUUCUCUGUGAUUCUUCUAUAUAUGGUAGGUACUUGCGGCAGAGAGUUCUAAGUUCUUACUAUAUUUUAGCAUUUUAAUCAGUUUCUGGGUUUUACAGUUUAAGCUGGAACACACAGUUCUGAGAGUUAAUGAUAAAGCUGGAAGAACUUGGAACUCUCUGUACAGCAGCGCGUCUAACCGGUACUUCUAUGUGACCAAAAGAAAAAAAAAAACAAAAAAGAA